CGUUUUUUUCCAGCUGGUGUUAUAUAACAUGUCCAAGUAGAGCUCUCUUUUUUUCCUCCUUGGACUACGUGAGAACACAGCAGGCUGAUUUUUAUGCAGCAAAACUUCAUCAUGAUUUUGCACGUGCUUUUCCAAUGCUUGGACUUUAGCAGCUGGCUGCUGUUUGCUUUUGCUGUGCUGCUGUUGACGGAUGUGGUCCGAAACCGGAGACCUCACAGUUUCCCACCCGGACCCUGGGCCGUGCCUUUUGUCGGGAAUGUCUUCACCCGAGCUGACGACAAAUCAUUGGAAAAUCUCGCAAGGAAGUAUGGCCCAGUGUUCAGCCUGAGGAGAGGCAGUCAGAGGAUGGUGUUUAUUUGGGGUUACAAGAUGGUCAAAGAAGCUCUCGUCACCCAGCUGGACAGCUUUGUUGAUCGUCCCUUCGUGCCACUCUUCAAUGAGUUCUUUAAAGGCAUCGGCAUCGGCAUGAGCAAUGGCUACCACUGGAAAAAGCAAAGGAAAUUUGCCAACACUCACCUGCGUUACUUUGGAGAAGGCCACAAGUCACUGGAAAACUACAUUAAAGUCGAAUGUAACUUCAUUUGUGAAGCGUUCAAAGAGGAACAAGGAAAGCCGUUCAACCCCCAGCACACCAUAAUAAAUGCAGUGAGUAACAUCAUCUCAUCUGUGGUCUUUGGACGCCGCUUUGAGUACAGUGAUGGGACCUUUCGCAAGUUCCUAGAGUUGGACAACGAGGCCAUCGCGCUCUCCUCCUCUGAAGUUAUACAGCUUUACGACACCUUCCCCCGUCUGCUCAAGUAUCUGCCCGGUCCCCACCAGAAGGUCCACGCCAACUACAGGGAGAUCAUGGUCUUCCUGCAGAAGGAAGUAGAGAAGCACAAGGAAGAGUGGAAUCAAGAAGAACCCCGGGAUUAUAUUGACGCGUACCUUGGUGAGAUAGAAAAGGGGAAGGAAGACCCCCAGGCCGGCUUUGACAUUGAAACCCUGCUGGUUUGCAUCCUUGACCUGGUGGAGGCCGGCACAGAAACCUCCGCCACAACCUUGCGCUGGGCUCUAGUCUACAUGCUGCACUACCCAGAGAUACAGAACAAAGUCCAGGCGGAGAUCGACAGGGUGAUUGGACAGGCUCGCCAACCCACAUUGGCCGACAGACCCAACAUGCCCUACACGGAAGCAGUCAUCCACGAAACGCAAAGGAUGGGGAAUAUUGUUCCCUUUGGAUUCCCCAAGAUGGCCAGUCACGAUGCUACAUUGGCAGGAUACGUCGUCCCAAAGGGCACAGCCAUCACCACCAUCCUCACAUCUGUGCUUCAUGACAAGAAUGAGUGGGAGACACCAGAUAUCUUCAAUCCUCAACAUUUCUUGGAUUCAGAGGGCCACUUCCGCAGAAGAGAUGCCUUUCUACCAUUCUCAGCAGGUAAGCGUGCGUGUUUGGGGGAGCAGCUGGCCAGGAUGGAGCUCUUUCUUUUCUUCACGGCUCUGCUGCAACGCUUCACCUUCACUGCCAUUCCGGAGGAGAUGCCGAACCUGGAGGGCGUGAUGGGCUUCACGCGUUCCCCUGAAGAGUUCAGGGUGCUUGCCCUGCUUGGCUGCUCUACCAUGUUGGCGUACCCUUUCUUCCUGGGGGUUAACGUCUGGGGGGUGCUGCUUUCAGGUCUAGCUCUUUUCCUCGCGGUGUGUUUUCUCAGCAGAAAGGACCCGCCCCACUUUCCGCCGGGACCCCCAGCUCUCCCUGUCAUCGGGAAUGUCUUCAAUAUUGCCAUCAAUCAGUCUCACACGUACCUGACGCAGCUGGCCGACACCUACGGGGAUGUGUUCCGCUUAAGUCUGGGGAGAGAGAAGUGGGUGUUUGUGUGCGGCUGGAAGCUGCUGAAAGACGUUCUGAUCACACAAGCUGAGAACUUUGCCGACCGGCCCCACAACCCUGUGUUAGCCAGGAUGUACUCUCGAAACACAGGAGGGCUUUUGUGCAGUAAUGGCAAGGUGUGGAGGAGGCAGCGCCACUUCGCCAUGGCCACCCUGCGCACCUUUGGCCUGGCAAACGGCACCAUCGAGCGCAGCAUCUGUGAGGAGGGUCAACAUCUGCAGGAGGCCAUGGAGAAAGAGAGAGGUGAAGCCUUUGACCCUGUGGCCAACUUGAACAGUGCCGUGGCAAACAUCAUCUGUCAGAUUGUGUUUGGGAAAAGGUUUGACUACAGCGACCGCAAGUUGCAGAAACUGCACACCUGUCUGGCUGAGAUGAUCUAUCUGGAAGGUUCCGUUUGGGCUCGGCUCUACGAUGCAUUCCCAGCACUGAUGAAACACCUGCCCGGGCCUCACAAUACAAUGUUCAGCCACUUCCGAACCCUGCAGGAUUUCAUCAGUUCUGAGAUAAAGACGCAUAAAUUGGAUUUGGACCCCAACAACCCACAAGACUACAUGGAUGCCUUCCUGGUGGAGAGUCAAGACCAAGCAAACUGUGAACUGGGUUUUGAUGACAACAAUCUGGUUCUGUGCUGUCUGGAUCUGUUUGUUGCUGGGACUGAGACAGUCUCUAAGACGCUGCAGUGGGGCCUCAUCUUCCUCAUCAAGCACCCUCAGGUCCAGGCCAAAGUUCAGGCGGAGAUCGAGCGAGUGAUCGGGUCGACUCGCUGCCCCAUGAUGGCUGACAAAGCCAACAUGCCGUACACCAACGCAGUCAUCCACGAGAUCCAGAGGAUGGCCAAUGUUGUUCCCCUCAACGGACCCAGAGUGGCCACCAAAGACACACAACUGGGGGGCUACGCCAUACCCAAGGGAAGCAACGUGCUCACCAUCCUAACCUCCGUGCUCUUUGACAAGAACCAGUGGGAAAGUCCACACACCUUCAACCCAGGACACUUCCUGGAUGCUGAUGGCAAUUUUGUGACGAGGAAGGCAUUUUUACCUUUCUCUGCAGGGAAACGUGUGUGCAUGGGAGAGGGUCUGGCCCGGAUGGAGCUCUUCCUGUUUCUGGUCAGUUUGCUUCACAAGUUCACCUUCUCCACCUUGGAUGGAGUUGAUCUGAGCUUCGAGGGAAUCGUUGGACUCACGCGCACUCCUUACCCUUUCAAGAUCCACGCCAAAGCCCGCUGAAGGCUGGCAUGACUCUUUUCUUUAAGGCCUCUGCACCUUUCAACAAGUCCAAUUUAAAAGCACAAUGUAUCUCAACACCAAAACUUCAUUUCUGGAUCCACAAAUGAAUGAAAAUAGAGUGAAAAUCAUCCAUGUCUAUUUAGUUAGUCAGUGGCUGACACAGCAGCUACAAUCUCUAAUCUAGACAUAAUUGAACUGUCUAAAAUAGCACAUUUCUUAAUCCACACUGUAAUCAUAUAAUGAUGGUUGCACAUGACUUACUGACAACAUACCGUAGCCUCCAAGGCAGGCAAAAGUGUAUAAUAAUCUCUUAUCACUCCACUUGAUAUGUCGAUGUCACUUACUGACGCUUACGUCGUCAGUCAUGCCGUUAACUCUGACAUCAGUCGUUUACUGAUGAUGUGAGUUAGUUGUAAUAAAUAUGUUUUCCACCUGAA